CUCAGAUAUUCACUUUUUCAGAUUCACCAUGUUUCGACUAUUUAUUCUUCUAGGCUUAAUUGCUACUGCAGCAUGCAACAUCCCCCUGAGCCACUCUCCACACUUUGGCGAACACUAUGCAGUGCUCAACCUGGACCUGAUUGACGUGUUGGUCUCGUCCGUCGAGCAUACCGAACCCGGUAAAAAGUGGAUUUCCAAUGUGGAAAAAUGGAUUAGUGUAGUACACAAACAAGAACCACCCCCAUUAAGCAUCUACACCCGCAUCUACUACUCCAACUCUCUCCGCCCAGAAGUAUCGGAAGACAUUCCCUUCUGGCACUUCGCGUCUGCAUUUGGGAAUUUGACUGCCGACAGUCCGGAGAGUCAGGUGUAUUCGGCCUUUGAGCCGUUGGAGGAGGACGUGGUGUUGAGGAAGUCGAGGUAUUAUGCGGGUGAUGGCAAUUCGCUCGAGGAGAUCUUGAGGACGCAGAAGGUGGAUACUGUUAUACUGUCCGGGAUACGAACGUCUGGCGUUGUUCUCAGCACUGCGUAUCGGUUGUUUGAUUUGGAUUAUAACGUAUACGUGAUAUCCGACAAUACGAUCGAACCAAAAGACUCUGAAAUCAACGACUUUAUCCUGGAGAAGAUUCUGCCCAAAAUGCCUGUCAAAGUCAUUUCCCUCAACCAGGCCAUUAAUGCUCUUUAA